CCCCUGCGCCGCUCGCCGCAGACCCGCGCACGCACAGGGGCAGCCGGGCGCUUGAGCCAUGAUCGCCGCCGCUUUCCUGGUCCUGCUGAGACCCUACAGCAUCCAGUGCGCCCUCUUCUUGCUCCUGCUGCUGCUGGGGACCAUCGCCACGAUUUUAUUCUUCUGCUGCUGGCACCGCAGGCUCCAGAAGGGGAGGCAUCCCAUCAAAUCCGUCUUUUCAGGUCGCUCAAGGAGCCGAGAUGCUGUCAUGAGAACUCAUCACUUUCGCUCUGAGGGCUUUAGAUCAAGUCCUCGUCAUGUUAGAAGACGUGUAGCAGCUCGCCUUGAGGAAACACAACCUCUAGUGGAAGCUCACCAUCUAAGUGAGCAGGAAACUUCUGUAAGAAAAAGAAAAAUCAAGAAAAGCAGCCGAGUUCAACCAGAAUUUUAUCAUUCUGUUCAAGUUACUCCAACUCGAAAACCUAGCUCCGGCAACGCGUCCUACCGAUGCUCCAUGUCGUCGUCCGCCGAUUUCUCCGACGAAGAGGACUUCAGUCAGCGGUCGGGGACGGUGUCGCCGGCGCCGGGGGACACGCUGCCCUGGAACCUGCCCAAACAUGAGCGGUCCAAGCGGAAGAUUCAGGGCGGCUCCGUGCUGGACCCCGCUGAGAGGGCCGUGCUGCGCAUCGCCGAUGAGCGGGACAAAGUACAAAAGAAGACCUUCACAAAAUGGAUAAAUCAGCAUCUCAUGAAGGUUCGAAAGCAUGUGAAUGACCUAUAUGAAGACCUUAGAGAUGGACAUAACUUGAUCUCACUUUUAGAAGUCCUUUCUGGAGACACCUUGCCAAGAGAGCGAGAUUUUUUGAAGACCUUACGGUUGCCCCGAGAAAAAGGUCGGAUGCGGUUUCACAGACUCCAGAACGUCCAAAUUGCACUUGAAUAUUUGAAAAAACGGCAGGUGAAACUGGUCAACAUUAGAAAUGAUGACAUAACAGAUGGGAAUCCCAAAUUGACAUUGGGGUUGAUAUGGACCAUAAUUUUGCACUUUCAGAUAUCUGAUAUCCAUGUCACUGGAGAGUCAGAGGACAUGUCUGCUAAAGAGAGACUGCUCCUGUGGUCACAGCAGACAACUGAGGGUUAUGCUGGAAUCCGUUGUGAAAAUUUCACUACCUGCUGGCGUGAUGGAAGAUUAUUUAAUGCCAUCAUUCAUAAAUACAGGCCGGACCUGAUAGACAUGAAUACCGUUGCUGUUCAAAGCAACCUUGCAAAUUUAGAACAUGCUUUUUUUGUAGCAGAAAAACUUGGUGUUGCCAGACUUCUGGAUCCUGAAGAUGUUGAUGUUUCCUCACCUGAUGAGAAGUCAGUAAUAACUUAUGUGUCAUCACUUUAUGAUGCAUUUCCCAAAGUACCAGAAGGUGGUGAAGGCAUCAGUGCAAAUGAUGUUGAAGUCAAAUGGGUUGAAUAUCAGAAUAUGGUGAACUACCUCACGCAGUGGAUCAGACACCAUGUCACGAUCAUGUCUGACAGAACAUUUCCCAACAGUCCUGUGGAAUUGAAGGCACUUUAUAAUCAGUAUCUACAGUUUAAAGAAUCAGAAAUUCCACCAAAGGAGGCAGAUAAAUCAAAAAUUAAACGUCUAUAUAAACUGCUAGAGGUCUGGAUAGAAUUUGGACGCAUCAAACUUCCUCAAGGGUACCAUCCAAAUGAUAUAGAAAAGGAAUGGGGAAAGCUUAUUAUUGCCAUGCUGGAAAGAGAGAAGACCCUUCGGCCUGAAGUGGAGAGGUUGGAAAUGCUGCAGCAGAUUGCAAACAGACUUCAGCGGGACAGCAGGACCUGUGAGGACAAACUAAUACUUGCCCGGAAUGCUCUACAGUCUGACACCAAGCGAUUAGAGUCAGGGCUCCAGUUGCAACAUGAAGCAGAGAUAGCUGGGUAUCUGCUUGAAUCUGAGAACCUUCUCCGCCAGCAAGUGAUUGAUGCCCAAAUUCUUAUUGAUGGAAAAUAUUAUCAGGCAGACCAGCUUGUGCAAAGAGUUGCAAGGCUUCGUGAUGAGCUGAUGUCCAUACGGACUGAAUGUUCUUCAGUGUACAACAAGGGGCAUGCACUGACGUCGGAGCAGACAAGGCUGAUGAUAUCAGGAAUAACAGAAAGCUUAAACUCAGGAUUUACAACAAACCUACCCCCUGAAAUAAAUGCUGCAAUGACCCAAGGUUUAACACCUACUUUGACUUCUUCCAGCUUGACAUCUGGCCUUUCAUCGGGUCUUACUUCAAGACUGACACCAACCAUCACUCCUGCUUAUACACCAGGCAUCCCACCACGAUUAAUUCAAAGCUAUGUGACAGGAGUAGACAGUGGGACACUGCAGACACUCAAACUGAUGCAAAUAAGGAAACCUCUUAUGAAAUCAGCUUUUGUGGAUCAGAAUUUAACAGAAGAAGAGGUGAACAUGAAAUUUGUCCAGGACCUAUUGAGCUGGGUGGAAGAAAUGCAGGUGCAACUUGAUCGAGCAGAAUGGGGUUCAGAUUUACCAAGCGUUGAAAGCCAUUUAGAAAAUCACAGAAAUGUCCACAAAGCUAUUGAGGAAUUUGAAUCCAGCCUUAAAGAAGCUAAAAUCAGUGAGAUCCAGAUGACUGCCCCUCUGAAACUCACUUAUGCAGAAAAAUUGCACAAGCUAGAGAGUCAGUAUUCAAAACUCUUGAACACAUCAAGAAAUCAGGAAAGGCAUCUAGAUACUCUUCACAAUUUCGUGUCUCGUGCUACUAGAGAGCUGAUCUGGCUGAAUGAAAAGGAAGAGGAAGAAGUUGCAUAUGACUGGAGUGAAAGAAACCUGAAUAUAACAAGAAAAAAAGAAUACCAUGCAGAAUUAAUGAGAGAACUAGAUCAAAAAGAGGAAGUUAUUAAAUCAGUACAAGAAAUAGCUGAGCAAUUGCUACUGGAAAAUCACCCAGCCAGGCUAACCAUUGAGGCCUACAGAGCUGCAAUGCAGACACAAUGGAGCUGGAUUCUUCAGCUCUGCCACUGUGUUGAACAACAUUUGAGAGAAAAUGCUGCAUAUUUUGAGUUUUUCAGUGAUGCCAAAGAAGCCAUGGAAUAUUUAAGGAAUUUGAAAGAUACCAUAUACAGAAAAUACAGUUGUGAUAGAUCAAGCAGCCUUCAUAGGCUGGAAGACCUUGUCCAGGAGUCUAUGGAAGAAAAAGAACAACUCUUGCAGUAUAAGAGCACAGUAGCCGGCCUUGUGGGGCGAGCAAAGGCAAUAAUUCAGCUGAAGCCAAGGAAUCCUGACUGUAUACUCAAGACAUCCAUUCCAAUUAAAGCCAUCUGUGACUAUAGACAAAUUGAGAUAACUAUUUACAAAGAUGAUGAGUGUGUAUUAGCAAACAACUCCCAUCGUGCAAAAUGGAAAGUCAUUAGCCCAAGUGGUAAUGAGGCCAUGGUUCCAUCUGUGUGCUUUACUGUUCCUCCACCAAACAAAGAAGCAAUAGAUACAGCCAACAGGAUUGAACAGCAAUUUCAGAAUGUUCUAGCCCUUUGGCACGAGUCACACGUAAACAUGAAGAGUGUGGUGUCCUGGCAUUACCUUACAAAUGAAAUUGAAGCUGUUCGAGCUGGCAAUGUUGCCUCGAUAAAAACAAUGCUGCCAGGUGAACAUCAGCAGGUUCUCAGCAAUUUGCAGUCCCGCUUUGAUGAUUUUGUGGAAGACAGCCAGGAGUCCAAAAUCUUUACGAGCUCUGAUACAGCACAGCUGGAAAGGGAAGUUAAUGUUUGCAAGCAAUACUAUCAAGAGCUUCUGAAAUCUGCAGAAAGAGAGGAGCAGGAAGAAUCUGUUUAUAAUCUGUAUAUCUCUGAAGUCAGAAACAUCAGACUUCAGCUGGAGAGUUGUGAGGAACGGUUAAUACGGCAGAUCCGAACCCCAAUGGAGAGGGAUGAUAUACCUGAAAGUGAGCUUAGGAUUUCAGAGCAAGAGAAACUGAAGAAAGAACUGGAACGAUUGAAGGAUGACUUGGGAGUCAUCACAGAGAAAUGUGAAGAGUUCUUUGGUCAAGCUGCUGGUUCACCUUCAGUCCCUACUCUGCGCUCUGAACUCAAUGUUGUUAUUCAGAAUAUGAACCAAGUUUAUUCCAUGUCUUCCAUUUACAUAGAUAAAUUAAAAACUAUAAAUUUGGUGCUGAAGAACACCCAAGAAGCAGAAAUGUUAGUAAAACUCUAUGAAACAAAGUUGUGUGAAGAAGAGGCAGUAACGGCUGACAAAAAUAAUAUAGAAAAUCUGAUGGGUACACUGAAGCAAUGGAGAUCUGAAGUAGAUGAAAGAAGAAAAGUGUUCCAUAACUUAGAGGAUGAACUGCAGAAGGCAAAGAUGAUCAGUGAUCAGAUGUUUAAAACACACAAGGAACGGGAUCUUGACUUUGACUGGCAUAAAGAAAAAGUUGAUCAGUUAGCUGAGAGGUGGCAAAAUAUUCAUUCUCAAAUUGAAAAUAGGUUACGUGACUUAGAUGGUAUUAAUAAAUCUCUGAAGUAUUACAAAGAUACUUACAAUUCUUUGGACACUUGGAUUCAACAAGUGGAAGAUACACAGCGAAAGAUUCAAGAAAUCCAUCCUGAAAAUAGCAAAGCAUUGGCUAAACAGUUGAACCAGCAUAAGAUGCUGGUUUCUGAGAUAGAAAUGAAACAAAGCAAAAUAGAUGAAUGCCAGAAAUAUUCAGAACAAUAUUCAGCUGCUGUGAAGGACUAUGAAUUGCAGACUAUGACUUACAGAGCUAUGGUUGACUCCCAACAAAAAUCUCCAGUGAAACGCCGAAGAAUGCAAAGCUCAUCAGACUUCAUUAUUCAAGAGUUCAUGGAUUUGCGGACUCGUUACACUGCCUUAGUGACCCUGAUGACCCAGUACAUUAAGUUUGCAGGUGACUCUUUGAAAAGACUGGAAGAGGAAGAGAAGUCAAUGGAAGAAGAAAAGAAGGAACAUUUUGAAAAAGCUGGAGAUUUACUGAAAUGGGUAUCAACCCUCAGCAAGACAGUCCUCAAGGAAGAAGGGGAAAAGGCUGAAAAGACAGAUUUGCCUAAGCAGCAGAUUUCCAUGGAUGAAAUGUCAACUAAGAAGGAACAAAUAGCUGAAGCUCUGCAGACUACUCAGUCAUUUUUAGCUAAGCACAGUGACAAAAUGACAGAGGAAGAGAAAAACGAAAUGGAAAAGCAAGUCAGAUCCCUUCAGGAGAGCUACAGUUUGUUAUCCAAUGCAGCUUUGAAGCAGCUACAGGAAGCACAGUAUCUGGAUGAUGAAAAGACGGAAGAAAAGGUGAAUAAAGUCAUUGCUGGUGUCAUUGACCAAACAACCGGAGAAGUCCUUUCGGUCUUUCAGUCUAUUUUAAAAGGUUUUAUUGACUAUGACACUGGAAUUAGAUUGCUUGAGAAUCAGCUGAUUCUUUCUGGAAUAAUUUCUCCAGAAUUAGGAGCAAGUUACAAUUUGGAAGAAGCUAAAGCUCAUGCCUUAGUUGAUGAGCAGAUUCUGUUGCAGUUGCAGGAAUUAAGUAAUGCAAAGAAGCUUAUUUCAGAAUUGUCAGUCUCAAAUCUUCCAGUUGUAUCAGCUCUAGAACAAAGUCUAAUUUCAGAACCUUUGGCUAUUAAAAUUCUUGAGAAUCAGCUUUCAAGUGGCCACUUGGUUUUGCCAUCUACUGGAGAAACUCUGACUUUGCAGAGUGCUUUCCAGAGAAGCCUGAUUUCUCCAAUAUUAUAUGCAAAGCUUCUGGAAAGACAAGACACAUGUAAAGAACUGAUAGACCCCAACUGUGCUGAGAAGAUUUCUCUUGAACAGAUGAUUCAUAGAAGCAUAAUUCAUGAAGAAACAGGGUUAAGACUCCUACCUGUGAAACCACAAGAAAAAGGUAGAAUUGUGUUCAAAUGUGGAAGGAAGAUAACUAUUUUAAGGGCAGCCCACGAAGGACUCAUCGAUCGGGAAACAAUGUUCAGGCUGUUGGGUGCUCAGUUAAUGUCUGGAGGUAUAGUUGACCCUGACUCAGGGAAGCAAAUGACUCUGGAAGAAGCUGUCAGACAAGGGAUAAUAGAUCAGGACACUGCUUGUGGGAUCCUCACACAUCAGGUUCAGACUGGUGGAAUCCUUUGUCCAAAUUCAGGACAACGCUUGACUGUUGAUGAAGCUGUGCAGUGCAACUUAAUAUCGUCUACCAGUGCACUGCUGGUAUUAGAAGCACAGAGAGGCUUUGUUGGACUCAUUUGGCCUCACACUGGUGAAAUAUUUCCCAUGUCAACUUCUUUGCACCAAGAGAUGAUAACAAAUGAGUUGGCAUGCAAAAUACUAAAUGAUAGACAGAAAAUUGCUGCACUUUACAUUCCAGAAACUUGUGAAAUAGUCGGUCUAGAUAAGGCUGCACAAUCAGGGAUAAUAGACCUCAAAACUCUGUCUGUUUUGACCAAUGUAACUUUACCAGAUAAAAUGCCCAGUGUUAAAGAAUUAGAGUCCCCUUAUAAAAAUGCUGCAAAAUGGUUAUCGACAUAUGAAUUCCUGCCAUCUGGAUUUCAUGACCCUGAGGAGGAACAUGAAGAUCAGAGCACAGAAGAACCUGUAUGUCAUAAUUUAGAUCAAGCUAAGAAAUUAUUCAUAUCUUAUCUGAUGGUAAAUAGUUAUAUGGAUGCAAACACUGGAGGAAGACUUCUGUUAUAUGAUGGACAACUGCAGGAAGCCAUCAAUAUGUUGCUGGAAGGUGAUGGUGCUGCAUACAAUGAUGUAUCAGAAAUGGAGUUUAAGAACAAAUGCAUAAGCCCCAAAGGAAUUAACCUAAAGUCAUCUGGUAGUAUCCAGUAUAAUAAUGUCACAGGCAGUGUUCAGGGUGAUCUUUUAGGUGCUGAGAAUACUUCUAGUAAUGGGCAGUUAAAUGAGUUUGAAGAUUUUGGGAAUUACGUAUCUUCACAGGGAGAAGAUCUCCAUGGUUAUAGACCAGAUGUUUGCAAUGAUUUUGGUUCUGAGCAAUCAGAAGAUACACAGGAGACAGUAUUAACUAACCCUACAGAACUUAGAAAUGUAGUAAGUAGCAUUCAAAAUUCCAUGAACAGAAAUGCUCUCAGAGAUCUUCCAGAAGUUUCUGAGUGGACAGAACUAUGUAAGCAUAACGAUCAGGAGGCAAAUUCAGGAAACAUUGAAGGAUAUGUUCCAAAUUACUCAAAUCCAAAUCUUGUUUUAGAAAUGGAGAAGGAAGAGAUUUAUAUGGCAGGCAGUCUGGGUAGUGAAAACAAGAAUGGUAAAACCUUAAACAAUUCCUUGAGUGUGAAUGAUUUGUCACAUAAUGGUACCUGGAGAGAGCUGGAAAAAUGCACAGAAUGUGGGCCUCACAUGUUGCAAGCUGACAAUAGCAGAGCAGUGCUGGAUAGCAGCGAGAUAGAUGAUUUUCAGAGAAGUCUUGGUCCAUCCAUCAGUGCCAAUAAUGAAUAUCAGUAUUGUGACACACUACAGUUUGAAGAUAAUGCAUAUAAUGAGCAGCUUCUACAGUACUACACUGAUUUACAGAACAGGCCAUCCCUAGAGGACUGUCUUCAUGUAGGUGGCAGGCCACUCAUGGAAGAUUGUACUGAUUUACAAAGUAAACUGGGUCUAGAUGACAGUAGAGACAUGCACUGCAGGCCUUCAUUGGGUGGUGAUACUGUUGUACAUGAUGGACCACAUGUGGGGAACAGUAACAGCCCAGCAGAAAGGCUCACAGUAGAAGAAAGCGAUGGUACAUUUUACAAGUUAGUGCCAUGUGACAGUAGUUCUGACUCAUCAGCAGAAGGGAGUGAUGGCAGCCCACAGUUUGAAAGUAACAGCUUGCAGCAUGAAUGUAGUGAAGCAGACUCUGAAGAUGACAGCUCUCAGUUUGAUGAUGAUGAUGAUGAUGCCUAUGAAACACCUCAGGCUGAUGAUGAUGGCAGUGAUGUCUGUGAUAGUUCACAAAUUGAUGACGAUGAGUUCUACGACACUCCUCAAGGUGAUGAUGGUUUUGAUAUCUUGCAGUUUGGUGAUGAUGAUACGCCAGAACCAGAACCUAGUGUUGUAGGGAGUGUCCAUGUAGAUGCAGCAUAUCUACCUGAGAGCAUAAGUACAGCUUCUGCAAGUGCCACAACUAUUAAAAGAAUCCUUGAGGAGGAAAGGGAAAAACCAGGAAGCUUUGGAGAGGAGGAGCAAAAUUUACCUCUUGAGAGUGAAGGCAGAAAGGAGGGAAGUAUUAGUUCUUUACGGAAAAUGUAUGAAGACAGAAAUGAGGAAGAUGAAAUGAAAGUGGAAAGUGACUCCUAUGGAGAUGAAUCUGAAGGAACAGAGGAGGAUGAAGAUUAUGAGGAGGACUGUGAUAGUUAUAAUGACUCUGACACUGAUUCAGACAGUGAUGAAGAAAUGGAUAUUCUUUACUCACACCAUCAAUGUAUAAAUAAAGGUGACCAGCUGUUAAUUUCCUUAGGAGACAUAGAAAAUAGUGAUGAAAAUAAUCACAAUAUUGAUGACUCUUGCUAUUCUUUAGGCCACAAGAGAGAGUGUACUUCACAAUUCCAGGCUAACCAUGAAAAUGGAAAACUAUCCUCAGAAAAAUGUGAAUCUGCAUCAGAUAUUUCUGAGGGAAGAUGUGUUAGUCUCACAUGUACAAGUGAAGAAGACAGAGAGCAGGAAACAGAAGAUGAAUAUGAGGCUUGUUUCAAAAGUAAAUACAUUUCACAAGAUACUACUGAGCCUGUUGAGUCUGAAAAUACCUUUGACACUAAAUGGAUGUCAUGUGAGAGCGAAGGCAAUAAUAAAACACAGCAUGAGGUUCGGAAAUUUCAGCUUCUUGAUGAGAUGGUAGCAUCUGGUGUUAGUGUAACAGCCUUACCAAUUACAAAGGAAGCUGCUGCUGCUGAUGGUGGUGAUGAAAGUACUGGGGCAAGUUUGCUUCUCUCAGAAUGCUCUGCUUAUAGUAUGAGUAAAAAUAAUAGUCCCAUGCCAGUGUUACAUCCAAAUAAUGGACAGAGGGAACCACUAUUUGCAGAGGAAGAGAUACUAAAUUAUAUGUCUGGUAUGGAGCAAAUAAGGGAAAGUUCAUCCCAAGUGGUCAAUAAAUUCCUUGUGGAUAUGCCUUGUGUGAGUGAUGGUGAGAAUUUGCUUAGUGACCAACUGCAUCCAGUCACCAGUGAGAAGCAAGAUCAACUAGAAAAAGGUUUUGAAAUUUAUACAGAAAAUAAAAAUAGAGUAAAUAUUAUAGAGGAACAUGAUACCAUGGGGCGAAGUGAAAGUCCCAUUCAAAUGAAAAACCUUGGGGAAAUAUUUGAUGGGUCACUCAAUAAAGCUGCUGGAGAAACUCCUGUUCCAAGUACAGAGCAAGUAAAGCAAACUUUGUUUGAUAUUGGAGGUGGUGUGAAAUCAGUUGAAUUUAUGACAGAUUUUAAUAUUUCCUCUUCUCUAAAACAAUAUACAACAGACAUAAAGGAAGCUGGCCAUUCGAAAUUGGAUAAAACUGAAUCUUGUUUUUUUGAGAACAAGGAAAGUGAGAAAAAGGAGGGUAUACAGGAUGAAAAUGAUACAGAAGAAAUGCAUUCAAGUGAAUUUAACACAUAUUCUUUCACCCCAACUGAUACAGUGAAACUAAAGGACAUCAGUGUAACCAAAGACACAGGAGAAGUUAUUUAUCAAAAUACUGAUAAUGUUCUUAAAGACUUUUCAGAAAACAAGAGCAGCAAUAAUAGUGACUUUUCCUCUGAAAAAGCAGAUGCUUUAGGAAGUAUUGAGGAUGCCAAAGAAUCAGGAAAAGGGAGUGAAGUGCUACCUUCUGGGAGUCAUACCCAUUCCACUGAUGUUUCUUCUGCAAUUCUGAGCAGCGCAGGAGCUGACUUGAAUUGUGGUGCCCAGAAAGAACCUGAGAUGCUGAGAAACACAAAAGAAGAAAACUUCAUAGCCAGUGAGACUUCUUCCCUUGGAAAUGGUUUCAAAAAACAGAUGUCCAUGGAGUCAUUACAGAAGGAAAUGGGACCUUGCAAAGAUUUUCAAGUAAAUGAAAUGUCUGGCAGACUAAUGGAAGACUUAAAGAAUACAUUACAAAGGAAACUGAAAAUGGGACAUGUUUACUGCAAGCAGGAGGCUGAACCCCUAAGUUACUCCAAUACCAAAAUUUUAGUGCAAAAUUUACUUACACUGGUUAGAAGCACCCAACCUGGGAGUGACACAUCUAGUGGGUCAAAUCUCAAGGAAAUAAGCAAUGCUGUCAGAACUGAUUUAAUGGUUACCACACCAUGUGCACAGCCAAAGGACAGUGACAGUCUUCCAUCGCUUUGGCCUGACUGCAGAAGUCCUGAUCUUCUUCGUGAUAUUUUGAAGCAGGAAUCCUGUAAGCAAAAGAUUGAUGAUCCGGGUGAAAGGAAGAGUGAAACGGAUGUUCCUAAAUUUAUUAUUUCUGAGCUUCAGGAGAUUUUUCAGAUCUCACCUGGAGAAGAAAGUACAAGCAAGUUACAGGAGCUGAUAAGUGGUUUGCUUACAAGCUCACAGGUUGCUGUUACCACAGCAGAACAAGAGAGUAAAGGCAAAGUAGAUGGGUUUUGUACUCUUUUCUCAACAGAACAAUCAGAGUUUAAAUCAGAAAUUGCUCUAGAGAAUACAUUUGCAGGUGAGACAGCCAGUGCUUGGAAAAGUGGCCAGGACUGUGUGAAGACAGACAGCCAACCCACAGGCUUUGAACCAGAAGCAGCAGUCCCAGAGGACACCCCCACUAGCAUGGUCAAUGGAGUACAGCAAUGUUUAAAGUUAACAGAGAAGAUGCGAGGACAUUUGGCAGUGCUUCAAGAAAUGAAGAACCAUCUAGAUAACCAACAGCCUAUUAAUAACAGCCUAGAAAUACUAAAAAAUGAACUGCAACAAUUAGAGUCAUUUGAAUCAGGACUGGCUACCUUUGCAAUUAUCCUAAAAAGGGACAUGAAGUUGACAGAAGAGUUUUUAAAGUUUUGUCACAGUGAUAUUCCUGAAGACAAUCUUAAAGAGCUAAAGAUAAGCUGUGACUGUUUACAGGAAGCAUUUCUAGUUGUGUGUGAUAUAUCUUCAAAACGAGCAAAACAAAUAGUCUGUGCUGUUGACUCAGAAAUGUCUAAGCUUGCAGGAUUGCACGAACAACUUUUAAGCAAGCUGCAGAGAUUUUCAGACUGGAUCUCAGAAAACAGUAAAAUCAUGACUGGCUUCAUUGUGAAUACUAAUGAUACAGAAGAGAUGAAGAAAAAUUUACAGCUACUUAAGAACAGUGCUGCAGAGCUCAGCUGUAAAAAAACACAACUGGAGUCCACUGCAUUUGAUGUUCAGUUCUUCAUUUCUGAACAUGCCCAAGAUCUUUCUCCUAAUCAGAGCAAACAACUGCUGAGGCUUUUAAAUACCACCCAGAAAUCUUUUCAGGAAGUACAGGAAGCAAUAACACCUCAAGUGGAAAGUUUAGAGACUUGGUUACAGGCAGCACAAGAACUGGGUGAUCAGAAGGAUGUGGCUGAACGGCACCAGGAAUGCAAAGAGAAGCUGCAGGAAAUCUGUGAUUUGCUUACGCAGACUGAAAAUCAACUCAUUGGGCAACAAGAGUCUCUUGUUAUUGGAGACAGCAAGGCUGAGCUAGAACAAUACCAAACCAAACAGGAGGAGAUACAGAAAGAUAUGAGACUGAGUGCCCAGACCCUGGCAGAGAUUGUGAAAAACACUGAAGCCUUCUUGAAAGAGAAUGGACAAAAGUUGUCACAAGAAGACAAGACUGUUCUUGAACAGAAACUGAAUGAAGCUAAGACAAAGUGUUUGCUCCUUAGCCAGAAGGCAGAAGAGUCCAAAAAAGAACUUGAUAAAGCUAUGACAACAGCAAUUAAGCAGGAAACAGAAAAGGUUGCAGCCAUAGAGCAGCUGGAAGAAAGUAAAAAUACUAUAGAAAAUCUCUUGGAUUGGUUAUCAAAUGUGGAUAAAGAAGCAGAACAUGGCAGGAAAUUUAAGCAAGCAAUAGAACAAAAUGGAACACACUUUGAAGAUGGAGAUGUGAAGGCUUUGGAAGGAGAUGAGGAUGAUGUCAAUGGUAAUCUGCUGGAAAUUCAGCAAGACAUUGAAACUCGAGUGGAUGGAUUUAUAAAAUGCACAGAUGAUAAUCUGAACCAGCAGUAUCAGAGAGUCAAGGCUCAACAUGAGAAAAUUAUUUCACAGCAGCAGGCUGUCAUUAUAGCAACCCAGUCUGCUCAGGCACUGCUUGAGAAACAAGGACACUACCUUUCUCCUGAAGAAAAAGACAAGAUGCAAAGGAACAUGAAAGAGCUGAAGGCUCAGUAUGAGACUGCUUUAGCUGAAUCUGAACGGAAAAUGAAGUUGACCCAUUCUCUAAGAGAAGAGCUUGAGAAAUUUGAUGCAGAUUAUAGUGAAUUUGAAACCUGGAUGCAGCAGGCAGAACAAGAACUUGACAAUUUGGAGGCAGGUGCUUCUGACUUCAGUGGUAUUAUGGUCAAAUUGAAAAGGCAGAAGAGUUUUUCAGAAGAUGUUAUAUCUCACAAAGGUGAUUUACGGUACAUUACAAUUUCUGGACAAAGAGUUUUAGAUGCUGCAAGAUCAUGUAGCAAAAGAGAUGGUGUGAAGGUUGACAAAGAUGGUAUUGAUACUUCGGCUACAUAUGCUGAAGUGCAAAAUAAACUGGAUAGUGCUUCAGAUCGUUUUAAAUCUCUCUAUACUAAGUGUAGUGUUCUUGGAAAUAAUCUUAAGGACCUUGUAGAUAAAUACCAGCAUUAUGAAGAUGCCUCAUCUGGACUUCUGUCAGGUCUCCACGCCUCUGAAAUAGCUGUGAACAAACAACUGUCAGAGCCAAUCGCAGUGGAUCCCAAAAAUCUCCAAAGACAACUAGAAGAAACCAAGGUUCUUCAGGGACAAGUGUCUAACCACCAAAUUGCUGUAGAAAAACUGAAAAAAGCUGCUGAAGUGCUAUUGGAUACAAGGGGAGAGUUGACACCAGACAAAGAUGAGAUUCAGAAAACACUGGAUGAUAUUGUGGAGAGGUAUGACAAUUUAUCCAAGUCUGUGAAUGAAAGGAAUGAGAAGCUCCAAGUAACCCUGACACGAUCACUAAGUGUGCAGGAUGGCUUGGAUGAAAUGCUGGAUUGGAUGGAAGGAGUUGAAAAGAGCCUGGAAGAACAAGAUCAAGUGCCUUUGAAUUCUGCUGCCAUUCAGGAUAUUAUUAGUAAAAGCAUUAUGCUAGAACAAGACAUUGCAGGUCGUCAAAGCAGUAUAAACACUAUGAAUGAAAAAGUGAAGAAAUUCACAGAAACAGCAGAUCCAUCCACUGCAUCCACACUGAAAGCUAAAAUGAGUGAACUUGCAGGACGGUUUUCUGAAGCAAGUAACAAGCAUAAGGAGAAGCUGAUGAAAAUGGAGGAGUUGAAAACUAAAGUGGAGUUAUUUGAAGGUCUGUCAGAAAAACUUCAGUCAUUUCUUGAUGAGAAAAACCAGGCACUCAGUGAGACAGAGGCACUGAGAAAGGAUGUUAGUGAAGUGUCUCAAUACAUGCAGGAAGCUAGUGUAGAAUUGGCACAACAUAAGAAAGAUCUGGAAAUUUUGCAGCAGCUUCUUGAAGAACUUUCAUUCUAUGCUCUUCCUGGAGAUAAAGCAUUGGUAUUAGAAAAAGUAAAUGCUUUGUCAAAGAAAUUCAGAGAGGUAGAGGAGACUGUAAAGGAAAAAGAAGAGGAUGUAUCAUCUUGUCAGAAACAAAUGGAUACUUUUGAGCUCCUUGUGGAAUCAUUAAGGAAAUGGAUAAAAGAGACAACAGAACGAAUUCCAGCAGCACAACCCUCUCUGAAUACAGAGGAGUUAAAGAAACCUUUGGAAGAUACAUUGAAUUUAAAAGAUGAAUGGACAUUAAAAGCACCUGAACUGCAGAAAAUUAAUAGCAGAGGAACAUUGCUGUGUAAUCUAAUUACUGCUGUGACUUCUCCUGCCAAACUGAGAGCAGUUACAAAAUCAGGUGGCACAAUGUUGAAUGGUGAGGGAGGAGCUCCAGGAACACAGGAUUUCCUGAAAAAUAAAGAACUGACAACUGUUCAACAAGCCAUGUCUGAUGUGAAUCACAGUUAUGAAGAUUUGGGAGUUUUAUUGAAGGAAAAGAUUUCAGAAUUAGAAAGUAUGCUUUCAAAAAUGCAGAAUAUUCAGGAGGAAUCAACCUCAGUGAUGCAGUGGUUGCAAAAAAUGGAAAAAACUGCAUCUGAUUGGGAAGCUGCUCCGACUGAUAGUGAAGGUGUUAAAGCCCAAGUUGAGCAACAUAAGCUUUUUGAAACAGAAUUAAAGCAAAGUGCGAAUAAAGUGCAGGAACUAAAGGACAAAGUGACUGAACUAUUGGAGAAGAACCCCAGCUCUCCUGAAGCACCUAAGUGGAGACAAACGUUGGAUAAAAUAGAUUCCAAAUGGAAGGAGCUCAAUGAAGUUACAUCUGAGAGACAACAAAAACUGGAGGAGUCUUCAAAUUACCUGACCCAGUUCCAGACAGCAGAGGCCCAGUUAAAGCACUGGCUGACAGAAAAGGAACUGAUGGUCAGUGUGCUGGGACCACUGUCAAUUGAUCCUAAUAUGCUGAACACACAAAAGCAACAGGUUCAGAUUCUGCUCAAAGAGUUUGACACCAGAAAGCCACAAUAUGAGCAGCUAACUAUGGCUGGUGAAGGGAUUCUGAAGAGACCUGGUGAACAUCCACCCUCCCAUGAGACUGUAAAAAAGCAACUGGCAGCUGUGGCACAAAAAUGGGACAGUCUAACUGGCCAGCUGAGGAAUAGAUGUGACCGAAUUGAUCAAGCCAUUGUGAAAAGCACAGAGUAUCAAAGUCUUCUCAGAAGCCUGUCUGAUAAGCUAAGUGCCUUGGAUAGCAAAUUAAGCAGCAGCCUGGCUGUGAGUACACAACCUGAUGCUGUGAAACAACAACUGGAAAUUGCUAGAGAAAUGAAGGAGGAAAUAGAACAGGAAAGGAAGAAUAUAAAUGCAGCUCAAGCUCUUUGUGAAGAGCUGUCAACACUGGUUGGAGAAGAGUAUUUGAAAGCAGAACUUACAAGACAGUUGGAUGGCAUCUUAAAAUCAUUUAAGGAUAUUGAGCAAAAAUCAGAUAACCACGUUCAGCAGCUUCAGUCAGCAUAUGCUGCUUCUCAUCAGUUCCAGCAAAUGUCUAAGGACUUUCAGGCUUGGCUAGGCAAAAAGAAAGAAGAGCUGAACCAGGCUCGUCCUGUAUCUGCCAGACUUGAUGCCUUGCAGUUACUAAUUGAAGAACAGAAAGGUUUUGAGAAGACCAUGACUGAUCAGAUUAGUUCAUAUGAAAGAAUUGUUGCAGAAGGAGAAAGUAUCUUACAGAAGACUCAAGGAGCUGACAAAGCAGCGUUAAAAUCACAAAUUGCUACACUCAGAAGUAACUGGGAUGAAAUUAAUAAGCAGGUAAAAGAAAGGCAAGAUAAAUUAACAGAUUGUUUGGAGAAAGCCCUCAAAUACAAGCAGCAUGUAGAAAAUCUGCAGCCGUGGAUAGAGCAAUGCCAAAGUAACCUUUGUGAAUUAAAAGUUGGGAUAAACCCUGCUGAAAUAGAGAAUUCUAUUGUUCAGGUGAGGGCCUGGCAGAAGGACCUGGAUAAACACCAUGGGAUGGUGGAGCUUUUAAAUAAUACUGCUGAAAGUUUGCUCAGUGCAAGUCAAACAGAUAAAGAAAUUAUUCAAGAAGAAACUGAGGUGCUGAAUCAGAAAGUGAAUGUGGUCACAGAACAAUUACAUAAGAAGAGAGAAUGUUUGGAAAAUAUGGCACAAAAGUUGAAAGAGUUUCAGGAAUCAUCCAGGGAAACUGAAAAACAGCUUAAAAGUGCUAAAGAGCAUCUGGAAGCUCACGACUCACUUGGACCUCAAUCAUUCAGUAACAAACAUCUGACAAUGAUGCAGGCCCAACAGAAGGCCUUGCAGGCUUUAAAGCCUCGUGUUGAUUUAGCAAAAAAGCUUGCCCAAGAUCUGGUGAUAGAAGCUUCUGAUUCAGCAGGUGUUUCUGACCUUUUGCUCCAAGCUGAAUCUUUGGAGCAAGAAUACAAUGCAGUGAACCAGCAGGUUGAAGAUAGGUGCUCUUUCUUGGAGACAAAACUUCAGGGAAUCGGCCAUUUCCAAAACAGCAUCCGAGAGAUGUUCUCUCAGUUUGCAGAGUUUGAUGAUGAACUUGAUAGCAUGGCUCCAGUGGGAAGAGAUCUUGUGGUGCUGCAGUCACAGAAAGAGGACAUAAAACAUUUCCUGAAAAAGCUGGAGGAUCUUAUAAUGAAUAAUGAAAAUGCUAAUAAAACCUGUAAAAUUAUGCUAGCCACAGAAGCAGAAGCUUCUCCUGAUCUUGUUGGUAUAAAAAGAGACUUGGAAGCUUUAAAUAAACAGUGCAAGAAGCUACUAGACAGAGCAAAAACCAGGGAAGAUCAAGUAGAGGCUACUAUUAGCCGUGUUGAGGAGUUUUACAGUAACCUGAAAGAAUUUUCCAGUCUGCUUGUGAGAGCUGAAGAACAUGAAGAGUCACAAGGUCCUGUUGGAAUGGAAACAGAGACUAUUAAUCAGCAGCUGAAUACAUUCAAGGUGUUCCAGAAAGAAGAAAUUGAACCCUUGCAAGUAAAACAACAGGAGGUAAAUUGGUUGGGUCAAGGCCUUAUUCAAAGUGCUGCUAAAAGUACCAACACAGAAAACCUUGAACAUGACCUUGAAGAUGUCAACACCCGAUGGAAGACUCUUAAUAAGAAGGUUGCCCAGCGUGCUGCACAAUUGCAGGAAGCCCUCCUUCACUGUGGGAGAUUUCAGGAUGCCCUUGAAUCUCUGCUUAGCUGGCUCAUUGAUACAGAAGAACUUGUGGCUAACCAGAAGCCACCAUCUGCUGAAUUCAAAGUUGUGAAGGCCCAAAUACAAGAACAAAAGCUUCUUCAGAGGUUGCUGGAUGACAGGAAGCCUACUGUUGAGGCAAUCAAGCGUGAAGGGGAGAAAAUAGCUGAGUCAGCAGAGCCUGCUGAUAGAGUGAAAAUCUUGAAACAGCUGAGUUUCCUGGAUAGUCGAUGGGAUGCAUUGCUCAGUAAAGCUGAAACAAGGAACCGUCAGCUGGAAGGCAUCUCGGUGGUAGCACAGCAGUUCCAUGAAGCUCUGGAGCCACUGGUGGAGUGGCUGACAGCCACAGAGAAGAGGCUAGCAAAUGCAGAGCCCAUUGGAACUCAGGCCUCCAAACUGCAACAGCAAAUUUGUCAGCAUAAAGCCUUAGAAGAUGAUGUCCUAGCUCACAGUAAGAGUUUACAUCUGGCCAUUAGCACUGGUCAGUCUCUAAAGACUAUGAGCUCCAGGGAAGACAAAGAUAUGGUGCAGGAAAAACUAGAUUCUUCUCAGGCCCGAUACAUUGAGAUUCAAGAGAAGAGCAACAGCAGGUCUGAACUGCUCCAGCAAGCUUACAGCAAUGCUCAGAUUUUUGGGGAGGACGAAGUUGAAUUGAUGAACUGGCUGAAUGAAAUCCAUGAUAAACUGAACAGAUUGUCAGUCCAAGACUGGGACACAGAAUUGCUUGAGAAACAGCACUCUGAACUACUGGAUCUUCAGGAAGAGAUUCUUCUUAGAAAACAAAAUGUUGAUAUGGCUAUUCAAAAUGGCUUAGAGCUUCUCAAGCAAACAACAGGUGAUGAAGUUGUAAUAAUUCAAGAUAAACUGGAAGGCAUUAAAGCGAGGUACAAAGACAUUACGAAACUGAGUUCUGAUGUGUCCAAGACCUUAGAGCAGGCUCUACAGCUUGCAGGGCAGCUGCACUCAGCUCAUGAGAAUCUCUGCAAAUGGCUCGACGAAGUGGAGAUAGAGUUACUCUCAUAUGAAAAUCAAAUACCGAAGGGUGAAGAAUUAAACCAAGUACAAGAAAGACAAAAAGAGCUGAAAAAAGAAGCAAAGAACAACAAAGGCUUGCUGGACACUCUGAAUGAAGUUGGCAGUGCUUUCCUGGAGCUGGUGCCAUGGAGGGCCAGAGAGGGUCUGGACAAGAUGAUAACAGAGGACAAUGAACGUUACAGAUUAGUGAAUGACACGAUUUCUCAGAAGGUGGAUGAGAUAGAUGCUGCCAUCCUGAGAUUCCAACAGUUUGAUCAAGCAGCUGAUGCUGAGUUUGCCUGGAUUGCAGAAACAGAAAAGAAACUGAUGUCGCUGGGUGACAUUAGGCUUGAGCAAGACCAGACCACAGCUCAGCUACAAGUUCAAAAGGCUUUUACCAUGGAGAUUUUGAGGCACAAAGAUACAAUAGAUGAACUUGUUAAAUCUGGGGCUAAGAUUAUGAAUACGUGCACUGAAGAGGAGAAACAGACUAUGAAGAAAAAAAUGGAAAGCCUCAUAAAGAAAUAUGAUGCAGUCUGUCAAAUGAAUUCUGAGAGAAACCUCCAACUGGAACGGGCUCAGUCCCUGGUUAACCAGUUCUGGGAGACUUAUGAAGAACUUUGGCCCUGGUUAACUGAAACAGAAAUGAUCAUCUCUCAGCUUCCUGCACCAGCCCUUGAAUAUGAAACUUUAAAGCAACAACAGGAAGAGCACAGGCAACUGCGUGAGCUGAUCGCUGAGCACAAGCCACAUAUAGAUAAGAUGAACAAAACUGGGCCUCAGUUGCUGGAGCUGAGCCCAGGAGAAGGCUUUUCCAUCCAAGAGAAAUAUGUGGCAGCUGACACCCUUUACAGUAAAAUUAAAGAAGAUGUCAAAAAGCGAGCCCUGGCACUGGAUGAAGCCAUUUCUCAGUGUACCCAGUUUCAUGACAAGAUAGAUCCAACUCUUGAGAGUCUGAAACGCAUAGUUGAACGUCUGAGGCAGCCACCUUCCAUCUCAGCAGAAGUUGAGAAGAUAAAAGAGCAAAUCAGUGAAAAUAAGAAUGUGUCAGUGGAUCUGGAAAAGCUUCAGCCAGUGUAUGAGACACUUAAACAGAGAGGGGAGGAAAUGAUUGCUCGCUCGGAAGGAGCUGAUAAGGACAUAUCUGCUAAAGCUGUUCAAGAGAAACUGGACCAAAUGGUCCUUAUUUGGGAAGACAUUCAGACCUUGACUGAGGAAAGGGAAGCCAAAUUGUUGGACGUAAUGGAACUAGCUGAAAAGUUCUGGUGUGAUCACAUGGCUCUUGUAGCUACUAUUAAAGAUACUCAGGACUUCAUUCGAGAACUGGAAGGACCUGGGGUUGACCCAUCUGUAGUCAAGCAACAGCAAGAAGCUGCUGAGGCUGUUAAAGAAGAAAUUGAUGGACUUCAAGAAGAACUAGAAACAGUUGUGAGCCUUGGCUCUGAACUUAGAGCUGCUUGUGGAGAGCCAGACAAACCUAUUGUCAACAAGAGUAUAGAUGAGCUGAAUUCUGCUUGGGAUGCCUUAAACAAAACAUGGAAAGAACGGGUGGAUAAGCUUGUUGAAGCUAUGCAGGCAGCUGUUCAAUAUCAAGAUGGGUUGCAGGCAAUAUUUGACUGGGUAGACAUUGCUGGCAGCAAGUUAGCGUCCAUGUCCCCAGUUGGAACAGAUCUGGAGACAGUGAAGCAACAAACUGAGGAACUUAAGCAAUUUAAGACAGAGGCUUAUCAGCAGCAGAUAGAAAUGGAAAGACUGAACCAUCAGGCAGAGCUAUUGCUGAAGAAGGUAACAGAGGAGAGUGACAAGCACACAGUUCAAGAUCCUCUCUCCGAGCUCAGGCUAAUGUGGGACAGCCUAGAAGAAAAAAUUAUAAAUAGACAGCACAAGCUGGAAGGUGCCUUGUUGGCCUUGGGGCAGUUCCAGCAUGCUCUGGAUGAGUUACUGACGUGGCUGACGCAUACAGAAGACUUGCUGAAUGAACAGAAACCUGUGGGUGGAGACCCCAAGGCUAUUGAAAUUGAACUUGCCAAACAUCAUGUGCUGCAAAAUGAUGUUUUAGCUCAUCAGUCUACAGUGGAAGCAGUUAAGAAAGCAGGAAAUGACCUGAUUGAAUCAAGUGCUGUUGAAGAAGCAAGUAAUUUACGGAGCAAGUUGGAACUUCUGAAUCAGCGCUGGCAAAACGUGUUGGAAAAAACAGAACAAAGGAAACAACAGCUGGAUAGUGCCUUGAUCCAGGCCCAAGGUUUCCAUGGUGAAGUUGAAGAUAUGCAGCAAUGGCUGACAGACACUGAACGUCAGCUGUUGGCAUCAAAACCUGUUGGAGGCUUACCAGAAACAGCAAGAGAGCAGCUUAAUACCCAUAUGGAUCUAUGUGCUGCCUUUGAAGCCAAAGAGGAGACUUAUAAGUGUCUACUGCAGAAAGGCCAGCAGAUGCUUGCAAGAUGCCCAGAGUCUGCAGAAACAAACGUUGAGCAGGACAUAAAUAACUUAAAAGAAAAGUGGGAAUCAGUAAAAACAAAGCUCAGUGAAAGAAAAACCAAACUGGAAGAAGCCCUCAAUUUAGCAAUGGAGUUCCACAACUCACUUCAAGAUUUCAUCAAUUGGCUUACUCAGGCUGAGCAAACCCUAACUGCAGCUUCUCGGCCAAGUCUUAUCUUGGACACUGUCUUGUUUCAAAUUGAUGAACACAAGGUUUUUGCAACAGAAGUGAAUUCUCAUCGUGAUCAGAUCAUAGAGCUGGACAAAACUGGAACCCAUUUGAAAUAUUUCAGUCAGAAACAGGAUGUUGUCCUUAUUAAGAAUCUCCUGAUUAGUGUACAGAGUCGAUGGGAAAAAGUAGUUCAACGCUUAGUUGAAAGGGGAAGAGCUUUGGAUGAUGCAAGGAAAAGAGCCAAACAGUUCCAUGAAGCCUGGCACAAACUAAUGGAAUGGCUAGAAGAGUCAGAGAAGUCUUUGGACUCAGAUCUUGAAAUUGCAAAUGACCCAGACAAAAUAAAGAUGCAGCUUGCACAGCAUAAGGAAUUUCAGAAAUCUCUUGGUGCAAAACAUUCUGUGUAUGAUACCACAAAUAGAACUGGGCGUUCCUUGAAAGAGAAGACCACCUUGGCUGAUGACAAUUUGAAACUUGAUGAUAUGCUGAGUGAACUAAGGGAUAAGUGGGAUACAAUUUGUGGAAAAUCAGUGGAAAGACAAAAUAAACUGGAGGAAGCCUUGUUAUUUUCGGGACAAUUUACUGAUGCUUUGCAAGCUCUAAUUGACUGGUUGUACAAAAUUGAACCCCAGCUAGCAGAAGAUCAGCCAGUACAUGGAGACAUUGAUUUAGUGAUGAAUCUGAUCGAUAAUCACAAGGUUUUCCAGAAGGAGCUGGGAAAAAGAACAAGCAGUGUCCAGGCUCUGAAACGCUCUGCCAGAGAGCUGAUAGAAGGCAGUCGUGAUGACUCUUCCUGGGUCAAAGUCCAAAUGCAGGAGCUAAGCACUCGCUGGGAGACAGUUUGUUCCCUGUCAGUAUCCAAGCAGACACGACUGGAACAGGCUCUUCAGCAGGCAGAAGAAUUCCACUCUGUUGUCCAUGUCCUUUUGGAGUGGCUGGCAGAAGCAGAGCAGACUCUUCGUUUUCAUGGGAUCCUUCCAGAUGACGAGGAGGCCUUACGGACACUGAUAGACCAGCACAGGGAAUUUAUGAAGAAACUGGAAGAGAAAAAGGCAGAACUGAAUAAAGCAACAGGUAUGGGAGAAGCUAUCCUAGCUAUCUGCCACCCAGACUCCAUCACUACCAUUAAGCACUGGAUAACAAUCAUCAGAGCCAGGUUUGAAGAGGUCUUAGCAUGGGCUAAACAACAUCAACAGAGACUGUCAGGAGCUCUGGCUGGACUUAUUGCUAACCAGGAGUUGCUGGAAGCCUUGCUGUCCUGGUUGCAGUGGGCAGAGACUACACUUAGUGAAAAAGAUAAAGAGGUUAUCCCUCAGGAGAUUGAGGAAGUUAAAGCACUUAUAGCUGAACAUCAGACAUUCAUGGAGGAAAUGACCAGAAAACAACCUGAUGUGGACAAAGUUACAAAGACCUAUAAAAGAAAGGCACUUGAACCCACUCCAGUACAAUCUCAUAUUCCUGUUCUUGAUAAGGGGAGAGCAGGAAGAAAGCGUUCCCCAACACCAGGCAUAUAUCCAUCAGCAGCUCAGGCACAAAUUGAAACUAAGAAUCCACGGGUAAAUCUUUUAGUUAGCAAAUGGCAGCAAGUCUGGCUUCUGGCCUUGGAAAGAAGAAGAAAACUUAAUGAUGCUUUGGACAGACUUGAAGAGCUGAGAGAAUUUGCCAACUUUGAUUUUGAUAUUUGGAGGAAAAAAUACAUGCGAUGGAUGAACCAUAAGAAGUCUCGUGUGAUGGACUUCUUUAGGAGGAUUGAUAAAGAUCAGGAUGGAAAGAUAACAAGACAGGAAUUUAUUGAUGGCAUUCUUUCUUCAAAAUUUCCAACAAGCCGACUUGAAAUGAGUGCUGUUGCAGACAUUUUUGAUAGAGAUGGUGAUGGAUACAUUGACUAUUAUGAAUUUGUAGCAGCUCUGCAUCCAAACAAGGAUGCAUACAAGCCUCUUACAGAUGCUGACAAAAUUGAAGAUGAGGUUACAAGGCAGGUAGCUAAAUGUAAAUGUGCAAAACGGUUUCAAGUGGAACAGAUUGGGGAUAACAAGUACAGGUUCUUCCUGGGAAAUCAGUUUGGUGACUCUCAACAACUGCGCCUUGUCCGUAUCCUAAGGAGUACAGUCAUGGUUCGUGUUGGAGGUGGCUGGAUGGCACUUGACGAGUUCUUAGUGAAAAAUGAUCCUUGCAGGGUUCAUCAUCACGGGAGUAAAAUGUUACGUUCGGAAUCAAACUCUUCAAUUACCACUCAGCCUACUAUAGCUAAAGGGAGGACAAACGUGGAGCUACGUGAAAAGUUCAUUUUGGCAGAUGGUGCCAGCCAGAGCAUGGCAGCUUUCCGACCAAGGGGCCGUAGGUCACGACCCUCUUCAAGGGGUGCUUCUCCCAACAGAUCUACUUCUCUGUCAAGUCAAGCUGGCCAGGCAGCUGCCCCACAAGCAGUUGCUACAAGUACACCGAAGACACCCCAUCAUUUAACACGCAACUAUGGUAAGCCAUGGUUGACAAACAGCAAAACGUCAACUCCUAAGCCACCAGAAUCCUCAGACUAUCAAGGGUCAUCUGCAGAGGGAACACCAAUUCAAGGAAGUAAACUUAGACUGCCAGGAUAUCUAUCAGGGAAGGGUUUCCACUCUGGGGAUGACAGUGGCAUCUUGUCAACAGCAGCUACCAGAGUUAGAGCUCAUUUUGCAGAAACCAGAAGAACUCCAAGCAGACCUGGAAGCCGAGCAGGAAGCAAGGCUGGUAGCAGGUCAAGCAGUCGCCGAGGCAGUGACGCAUCAGACUUUGACAUUUCAGAAAUCCAGUCUGUAUGCUCAGAUAUGUCAGAGACUGUUCCUGCUACCAGCAGACCAACACCCCGAGCAGGUUCUCGGCCAGGAUCAGCCAAGCCUUCUAAAAUUCCAACUCCCCAGAGAAGGCCACUAGCCAGCAAAUUGGAUAAGUCCUUGAAGAGAUAAUAUGAUUGGCUCCACAAAGGUCUUUUCCUUUUUGCAUUAAGUAUUUAAGUUCAUAAGAUGUAAAAUAUUAUGUAGAAAUUAUUGUGAAAUAUCACAAGAGGUGGAUUUUUAAUUCUGCAGAUGGCCUUAUCUGUGUAUUUGUCUUCUUAUUUUAUGUGUAUAAUUUUUGUCAGAUUUCAUUUUGUUUAUGCCAUAUCCUGUGAGAAAGGGGAAGAGUUUUAAUGUAAACUAACAGUUGUACACAGUAAUGUGUAGAAAGUACACUAAGAGUAAUUGCCGAAUGUACAGUGUACUGAAUGUACAGUAAGUCUCUACAACCUGAAUAAAAUAGACCUGUUGUUAUGUCAUUAGUUAACAGUAAAGGAUACCUCAUUAUUUUCUUUAAAAAAGAAAAAGAGAAUACUAAAAAGCCAAAAGACACAAUUACACAUUUUGAGCUAACUAAACAAACACUGAAGGACGUCCAUCAAAACUGCUAAGGAAUAGAAACCCACAUUCACAAUACCCUUAUUUAUACAGCAUCCCUCAGAGAACUCACAGAGUUAAUUAAGCACUUGCCAGUAAUAUGAUACUCCAAUACCUUGCAGCAUUUCUGUGCCAUUGCUUUCAAUGAGGCCAGACACAUUCUGGAUAUCUGAACUAUUAUUCUGUAAGAAUAUCAAUAUAAAGUGCAUUCAUGUAAAUGUGAGGUUUUCUUUUGCUUGAGUGGAUGGUAGCACUGUAUCAUUGAACUCAUUUUGUAUCAAAGCAAUUUUGCUUGCAGAAAGCUCUGAAAUAAACAUGUCCCUUAACUUUAUUUCUAUUGUAUUUCUUAUUUCACAGGAAGAUAAUUUUCUGCAUUAUGUUUUAGGGCAUAUAUAAUUUCAGAUGACCAAUAAUUACCAUAGUAACAUAGGCUUUAAUGUAAUUUACCAUUAUCAGCAAUCAGAUUUUGGUUAGCUACUGUAUUUGUUUAAUAAAACACUUAAAUUGCACA